AAAUAAAUAAAGCUUAGAACCAACGGGAAAACAUGCAUGCAAACACCGACGGAAAGAGCAAGAUGGCCCAAAACCCGCCCACAUCGCCCAACCUUACAUGCAAGGUCCGUCUCUUACUCUCCAUCCUCACCAUAGUCAUCGACGCCACUCGCCGCUCCAACGGCACUGUCAACCGCCGUCUUAUCAGCCUCUUCGACUUUAAAGCUUCGCAUUCAAACAAACCCAACGACCCUGUCAAAACCUCCGACGUAAUGGUGGACCCCUCUCGCAACCUCUGGUUCCGCCUCUACAUCCCUACCACCACCGACGUUGCCGCCAAACUACCACUCGUUAUCUACUUCCACGGUGGUGGAUUCGUGUUCUUUUCUGCCAACUCACAACCCUACAACGACCUCUGCAAACGCCUCGCCACCGAACUCCCCGCAGUAGUCACCUCAGUCAACUACCGCCAUGCGCCGGAGCAUCGGUAUCCCUCCCAAUACGAAGACGGCUUCGACGUCCUCAAAUUCAUUGACACAACAAGAAUUGAAGGCCUUGAUCUUAACAAGGUUGACAUCACCAGGUGUUUCCUCGCCGGAGACAGCGCUGGCGGCAACCUGGCCCACCACGUGGCAAUCAAGGCGAGUAACCAUGAGUUUUGCCAGAUGAGGGUGAUGGGACUAAUAGCGAUACAGCCAUUUUUUGGCGGGAAAGAAAGGACCGAAUCGGAAACAAGGCUUGCAAAAAAGGGCUUGGCGAUUACUUUGGAGCAGACUGACUGGUAUUGGAAGGCGUUUUUGCCGGAGGGGUCGGAUAGGGACCACGCGGUGGCGAACGUGUUCGGACCAGAAUCACGCUGUGUCUUGGGGGUGAAGUUUCCGGCGACGAUUGUUUUCGUGGGAGGUUUUGAUCCGUUAAAGGACUGGCAAAAGAUAUACUACCAGGGGUUGAUGAAGAACAGGAUACAAGCUUACUUGAUCGAGUACCCGAAUUCAUUUCAUGGAUUUUACGCGUUUCCUGAGCUCAAAGAGUCAUCUUUUUUUAUUAAGGAGGUGAAGGAUUUCAUUGACAAGCAAUCUACUUGUCAAUAAAGUUGUUCCUCUCUCUCUCUCUCUCUCUCUCUCUCUCUCUCUCUCUCUGAGAUACUUGAUUUUUUAGCAAACUAGAUCUUAAUCCUUGGUUGUGUUUGUUAUACAUCACUGGAAUACACACACACACACACACACACAAUCAUCAGUGUAUAAAACGGUGAUAUUAUUAGCUUCCUUUCGUCAUUUAUAUGAUCAUUCAUGUAUUAGGUUUAGUAAUUUUCCUUCUUAAUUUAAUGUUGUAUCGGUUAAAAUUUGACAUGUUUCUCGAAGUUACUCGUUGUAAUUUCAUUUCUAUGUUAAAAAAAAAAAGGGAUAUCAGACCUUUUCUCCACCCUGUACGCCUUUUUCAUGUUCUUUAUUUUUAUUUUUGUAACACAACUCUUUUCUCACGAGAAUAAUGACUU